AUGGGAAGACCUAAAGACUCUAAAAAAGGCCUUGUUCAUCCUACAGCGAGUUCAACGGUCACUUCUUCAACUGCUAGCUCUUCAAAAACGUCAGCACCUUUAAAAAUAAAGCUCUCAAAGCUGGGAAGUUCUUCAAAGGAGAAACAAAAACAACAUCUAGCACAUACGGGUACAAAAAAAAGACCAAUUAUAUUAGGUAAAAUACCUGAAGACGAUGAUAUCGAGGAGAAAGACGUCCCCGUUGAGGAACAAUUUAUUUUAAGAUUGAUGGUCCCUGAGGAAGUUAAACAAAGAUUUAGAGAAAAGGUUAAAAGUGGAAAAUUAACUGAUGAUAUUGGAAUCAUCUUUAAAGAUCCUCGUCGUGCAAUAUUUACGUUUGAGAAUCAAAAGUAUCGUGCUAGAUUAGUAGAUUUACCUUGUAUUAUUGAGGCUCAAAAAACUUUUAAUAAAAUACAAUAUUACAAGGUUGCUGAUAUAUGCCAGAUGUUGAUCGUAGAAUCUCAGAUUUCAUCUCAGGAAGAUGAACAAUUAUUUACUGAAAAUUCCAAAUCUUCAAAUGUUGAUGAGUUUGAAUGGUAUGAUGGAUUAACACCUCCCUUAAAGAAUGUCAGAAAAAAAAGAUUCAGAAAACGCAUAUCUGCAAAGGAAGCAGGCAAUAGCAAUGUCCUCGUUGUUUAUCCUUAUCAAAUACUUAAGGAACUGAAAUCUGUUUUAAAAGGAGAUUCAGGUCCUCUAAAAAUUGAAGAUAUCGAAAAGGAGGUUGAAAAAUUAUUACAUGAAGAUUCGUUAGCGGAAGAAGUAAAGCUGGUAUGGGAAGAUGCACUUGACUCGGAAACAGCAACACCAGCCGCAUAUCUCGGGUCAAAAAUACCCGAGGAGGAGGAUCAAGAGGAAGUUGAAGUGCAAGGUGAAGAAGAUGAUUAUGAUGCCGAAUUAGAAGACGAUACGAUGAUAUUGGGAGAGGAUAUGCCUGAUGAGGAUCAGAUGUAUACAACACCUAAGGAAUAUAACGAUGAUUUACAAAAAGACGUGGAUGAAGAUCCGGAGUUAACACAAAUAUUUAGCAAACGUGAAGAAUUAACAGCCGAAAUUUCCAGAUUAGAACAAGAUAUAAAUAAUCUCGAAACUCACUUCGCAACUGCAAUAAAUCCAUUAAUACAGGGACGGCUUACCAGUAAAAUCGCCUCUGCUAAAGAAGACAUAUCACAAAAACAACAAGAAAUUGAAACUUGUGAUAAACGAGUAUCCGAAAUUCACGAUAGGAUGAAAGCUCAAGUAGCAGAAUUAAAAAGAAUGACCAAAGGAAAAGAAAGAGAAUCUGAAGAAGAUUCAGAUUAA